AUGGUGGCGAAGUACCCGCAGAAGGCACUCAGCGUGGCAAAGCAGAUCCUGGGCUACCUGAAGAACACGGAUGACGUGGGCAUCAUCUACCAGAAGAGGAUGGAGCCACGGGAUGAAGAGGCAGAGUUUCCGGGUCCUCGGAGUAUGGGAACGUUGGAGAUACAGGCGGAUGUGAUGGUCAUGUAUGGAGGCGGAACCAUUGCGUGGGAAUCAACCAGGCAAGCCUUCACCACUUUGUCAACAGCAGAGGCGGAAUUGACGGGCUAUGUGCAGGCGACGGCAAUUGGAGAGGCGGUGGCAACGCUGGUGGAGUUGCUGGAAGGAUCAAAGGUCAAGAAGAUGAUCCUGGGGGACAAUGCGGCAGCAAUCAGCAUUAUCACAACGCCGGCGUGUGCAUGGCGGUCAAGGCACUUGAGAUGUCGAGCUGGAAGGUUGGCAGAGCUGAUAGAGGAGGAGGAGUGGAGAUUGAGGCAUCUGCCAGGGACUUUGUUGGCGGAUGGAUUGACCAAACCGUUGGCGAAGAUCCAGUUUGAGAAGUGCAGAGGAGGAAUGGGCUUGGAGGUGAUAGAGAGGAAGAAGGUCAAGAAGGCGUUUGGGGAAAAGGUCAUCGAGAAGGUUGGUGCAGCAGGAUGGCUCGCGGUGGAUAAGUUGAAGGCUGUCGUUGGCAUGCUGAGUCUGGUGGCAGUUGCGAAGGCCGAAGAUGGGGAGGAGCCGGAACUGGAGGGGGUGUCGCUGGAGGUCAUUCUGACGGUGAUCGCCAUCCUGGUGGUAGUGAUCUGGGAACUCACCAAGAAGGUGAACCUCUUGGGGGUCUUCAAGGGAGCCUGUGGAGGGCUGAUGAGCAUUUGCGAGGAUGUCAAGGAGGAGGAGACUCAGCCGCGGGGGAGCUCAUGCACGGCAAGAGCUGGGAAGGUGGUGCUGGGCGAAGACAAGGCUGUGCUGAAGAUUCUGUGCCUCGCCACCCACGAUGCGAGCGGACCGGAAGAGGUCUACGUGGAUGUGCGCGCGAAGCAGAAGCCAGAGCGAACCGACGAGGUUCUGCAGACCUGCUGCCGGGCCACGAUCGAGCUGUUGGCCAGGCACGGCCACUCCUCCAAAGUGCGCUUAGAGACGUAUGAGCCAUCGCUUCAGUUCACAGCAGAGUGA